AUGAGUAUGGCCGGUACUCUCGAGAGGGGGGCACACCAUCAGGCCUUGGACUUGUCUGAGGAACUGCCACCUCACCACCACCACCACCACACCAACCACCACCACCAGCAGCAGCAUCUUCACCAUUCCAACUCCCUGGCAUCCACCGCGGCUGUGGGCGGAGGGAGAGAAACACCUUCACGUGUGGUUGUGCCUCCUCCUUAUUCUGCAGCUGAGAGUGGCGGCGGGGGAAGCGAGGCUCCUCUGGAGCUGCGGGGAUCUCUCGACUGCUGGGCCUGCUCGGUGCUGGUGACCGCUCAGAACGUGCUGAUCGCCGCAAUCAACGCGUGCCUCGCUGGACUGGUGUUCGGGAUCAUCCUGACACCAGCCAUCGUCAUGGUUGUGUUUGGCUUCCUCUGUCACUCUACAGUGCGCCCCCAUGGAACUACACCCUACUGCUCAGACCUACUGACCGAUGGAGGCUGUGUGGCUUUGCUGGUGGUGGGCUUCCUCUUGGUCACCCCUCUGCUAGUCCUGGCGCUGGCUGCAUACUGUCGUCUGGCCCGACACCUCCAGCUGGGCCUGUGUUUCAUUCCAUACAGCCGGGCCGUGUACAAGAACCUCCCGGCCACCCAGCAUCGUGGCCUGGGCACGGGCUGCUGCGGGGGUCGAGAUGCUGCUGAUGGCGGUGGAAAGGGGAAGGUCUGGGUGUGAGAUGACUAUGGGCUUGGUAAAGGGGAAAAGAAAACGGGGUGAGAAAAGACCUUUAGAUUAAGUAAAGGGGCACGAACAAAAAAAGAAGGGUUAAGAAAAGGCAGCAGAUGUCAGGAAAAUUGAGAUAUGUGAACUAUAAUUAUCUUGUAACUUUCUAGUUACAAUAUUGCCUCAGCAUUAUGGAAAAAAACGAAUCCAUACAAAGCAUUUGUUUUAGUUUCAAAUGAAACUAAAACAAAUGCAAAUUCCACUUUGUUAAAUAACACGGUCUCAAUAAGAGAGCCUGUUCAAGUCAAUAAAUUACAGCCGAGACAAAAAGACACUUACAUGAUGGUCUGGUUUAUUUUUAUGUGUUUUUAAGUGAUUGAGAGGAAACUGGACAUCUGAAAAACAUCAAAUCCCACAAAGGUUGUACUGACACUUCACAGCUGUAUCCUGUCACAUUUAUGUUAUAAUGAGAAACAUUUAUAUGUCUAGUGUAGUUUUCUUUUUAGCUGUUGCAAACUGUAACUGCAUUCUCUUGCAUGUUUUGUUUCCUUUUUUAAAAUAAAUAAAGCUACGAGAGUUA